AGCUGGGCAAUGACAUUAAUGGAAUUAAAAUAAGUGACUUUAAAAUUGUUCGCUAGCUCCUUGUAAGGUUGUUUGCGUCUCACGUUUCAUUGGAAGGAGAUGAUGUUACAGGUAAGUUGCAUGACUGUCAUAGUAGUGAUGUGCAGAACCUUUCUGUGGGGCACAAGCAUUGAUUCACAUGGAAAAUGUUAAGGGGGCAGUUAGGAGAAUCCAAGAGCUACCUGAGUUGUAUUACCUGCUCCCUAAAUCGGUAAGUAGGAUAUAGGGAUACUAAUGUUAAUGCCAUUUAUUUCAGUAUUUUGGAUGUUUUCUAUAUUUUCAUGUCUGGGCACCAGCCCCCCUCUGGAUGCAAGGCUCCAGCCACCCUGCUGCCAGUGCCUCCCUCCCUGCUGAGAGAGAAGCAAUUAACAUGUUUAACUGAAAACAAAAUUAGUUUCACAGGCAUUAACUGCGAUUGACAGCCCUAGUUAAAAAUAUAGCGGGGGAUGUUGCUUGGAUGAGGGUGGGCCUUGACUGGAUCAGAGCCGUAUACAUCAGAGAUGCAUACUGAGAGCAAUUAGAUAUGAUAGACGAGAGUCCUAAUUGCUUUCUGGGGUUUCUCUGUCCGAAUGGUAAAGAUAAUAGAUACCUAGUGUCCAAGGACAUUUCUCUUGCCAUGCCUUUAAAAUAGGGGUUGCUGAUUUUGACUUGCUGAAGCCCAAACCCCACCACCCAGGUCCAAAGCUGAAGCCAAGGACUUCAGCCCUGGGCUACAGAGCUCAGGUUACCGGCUACCUGGAGCUGAAGCCCUUGAAUUUUGACUCUGGUCCCACAGGCUUGGGCUUCCUGGGGUCAUGUAGUAAUUGUUGUCAGAAGGGACUUGCAGUGCAGCUCCCCACCCCCGCUUUAAGGGGAAGAGCUGCUUCUGAGUGACUAGACUUUAGCAGACAGAUUUCUAAGGGCGUGUCUGCACAGCACACUAAACUCGAAAUAAGAUACGCGAUUUGUGCCACACAACUUGUGUGUCUUAUUUCAAUUGUAUUUCGAAAUAGCUUAUUUUGAAGUUUGGCACAUCUACACAGCGCCCAAUUUCGAAAUAACAUGCUAUUGCAAGACCUCCCUUAAUCGUGGAACAACAAUUACAGGGAUGCCAUAAUAGCGCACCUGCUAUUUUGGAAAAUAUUCCAAAAUAACGGGUGUGUUGAAAAGAUGCAGGGUAGCUAUUUCAGAUAGCCCCGCUAUCUAGACAUAAGUGAAUUGCAUACCACAUACUGUCUUUUACUGAACAGCAUUGGCCUUCCAUGGCUUUCCCCUACAGUUCCUGGAACAUCUUGUUGCAAACGGAUGCCUUUUGGAAGGUGACAUUAUACAAGUCCAUAGAGCCUGAAACUUGUAAUUCUUCACUCCCUAUUAUCCCCUGUACUCUGGAAUAAUGGGGUAGGUAAUGCACUCAGCAGCAGUUGAGAAAUGCUUGUAAUUAGGCAGUGCUAAACACCCAUUCUCGCAACCCUGUAUGAGCCAGGAUGUGACCUCUCUGAGUAAUUGGAUUUUUGCAGAAUGAUGCAAACCUCAAGCUGUCUACACAAGUAGUGCAAUUUGCUACUUGUCGUCUUUUUUGGUAGGAUUGCUGAUUUGUUCGAACACCAGCUGCUUUUCCUGGACUCUAGUUUCUCAAAGUGACUGACUGAAAUUCCACAGAAUGACUUCAGCCUCCAGGAAAGGGGAAAUUGUUAUGUAAGAUCAACGAAAGCCUACAGAUUUUUCACCGAGUACAUAGAGCAAGUCAAAGGAAAUAAGCUCUCGCCAAACUCUAAUGCAUGUGAAAGCUUGGCCUUCUGUAAAAGCUGUCUUUGAGGCAAUUCAGUCCCUACUGGUGGAAGGUUUUUCCUCCUUACUUUUGUACUGUAUUAUCUGACAUCAGCUUGCAAGUUUGACCGUAUUUCUUCUCUACCCAGCAUGUGGAGAAAGUGGAAUAUCUGAAGUGGUUGGUUUGCGUGCCAUUCCUUCUCACCGGCCCAGCAUUCCCUAUAGUAAUUCCCUUCUUUCAUUUGAAAAAGUGUUCUGGUCUGUGUACAGAAGACAAGAAAGCACAAUCCCAUGUCUUGAUUACAUGUGGAGAAAUCCUGUUCUGAGUGUUCCUGGAAACUACCAUUCGCGGGCUUUCUGAGCCCUGACAAACUCUUGACACUUGAAUCUCAUUUAUUAAUGAGUCGCAGUUGUUCUUUGCUCAUUUCAGAGCCAGGUUGUCUCCAAUUUUUUUUCUUGACUGUAUCUUGCAUCCGUCGCUGUAAAUUAGCAUCAGAAAUGAACUGUGAAGCCGAGAAUCUAGAAUCUUUGUGAAGAAAACAGAAAUGCUGUCUCUUCAAACAAUUGUCCUGUUUUUGUCCAGACACAAAGUGAUUAAACCCCACUCACAGAGAAAGCUUGAUUGGUAAACAAUUUCAAGGGCUAGUUUUAAAGCUUUUUGUAUUACAGGUUAAACCGCUAGUCCAGCAUUCUCAGGACUUGACUAGUGCCAAACCAGAGACAUUUCCCAAUCCAUAGGAGGUCGAUAUUGUCUAGAGGCAUUACCAACACUUCCAUUGCUUACUGAGACCUGAGAAGAUAUUUAGGAGUAAAUGAGUUAAACAACAGCACAGGACACUGAGAGCCAGGACUGGUAGCUGUAGACAAACUUUAUGGCACUGUGGGAAAUGUGGCCACGCCCAUACGUGGACAUGCAUCUAGCUAAAAUCAUGCUGUACCAUGGAUGUUGCCAGGCAACCUUUCCCCUUGUCUUUUAUGUGCUUUGUUAGAAAGGGGGGUGUCUCAAGAUCUGAAGUGGUAUAAAUUGACGCAUGCAGAGUGUAGUGCUAGGUCCCUGCAGCCCUGAAACUGAACAAAGGCAUUACAAUCAGGAUUUCCAUGCUGUGCCCCAACCUCAUCCCUGAGCAGCCGCUGGCCACCUGUGCUCCAGUAUCCUUAAUGUGCUGAGAUCCUGCAGCUACUCGUGCUGAUGCCUUGGUCCCUAAAACAGUCUAGUAGAGAUGUACGGUAAUAUGUCCCUGGCUAAUGCUGAUGUUGUAUUCCUGAGUAGCAGCAGGGGCAGCCAAUGAGAUUGUGGCAGGGUGGUGUCUGUGUUAAAAGGAUGUGGUAAGCUAGUCUGUUUCUCCGGAGCUGCAAAUGCCACAAAAUAAAGCUCAUUCACCAUCUGCAAAGGAGAAUGAAUUUGAGAGCGAGGGAGGCGUGGGAAUAGCAUUGUGUGGGGAAAACAGAAGCAGCUCGAGGAUAAAUACAAGUGGCCAAAGGAGGUCUCAGAAUUGGGGGAAAGACCAGCAUGCGGCACGGAGACUCUGAGAAGACCGAGGGGGAAGAGAGAAGAUGGAGCUCCGGGAGUUACAAUGUAGGGGCUGUUGCCAGCUUCCUCUCCACCGUCAUAACCUUCCCCAUCUACAAGACUAUCUUCCGCCAGCAGAUCCACGCCUUCUCCAUCCAGGAGGCCAUACAGCAGUUGCGCCGCGAGGGCCUCCACCGCUUCUACCGGGGCCUUUUCCCACCACUCUUGUCCAAGACGCUCCAGGGAACCCUCUUGUUUGGCACCCAUGACAGCUUCCUCCGUCUCCUCACCAGGAACCCUUCCGAGCCUUGCACGCUGGGGGAGCGGUGGGCAGCGGGGUUCCUGUCUGGCUCGGUGGAGGCCUUAGUCCUGAACCCCUUUGAGCGGGUCCAGAACGUCCUCCAGGACGGCCGGAAAGAUGCCAGGUUCCCAAACAUCCGCAGCAUCCUGCAGGAAUUCAACUCGUACGGUCCGAAGGAAAGGCUGGUCGUGGGCUACUACCGUGGCCUCAGCCCUGUGCUGCUGCGGAACAGCCUGGGCAGCGCGCUCUACUUCUCCUUUAAGGAUCCCCUCCGGGACAGCCUGGCUGCCAGGGGCUUGCCUAGCUGCCUGGCCACCCUGGUGUCCGGCAGUGUUAACGGGACGGUGACUUGCCUGCUGUUGUACCCGCUGAGCGUCCUCGUGGCCAACAUACAGUCGCAGGUUGGGGGGAGGGAUCUUCUCAGCCUGCGGGAGUCUGCGUGGUCCGUCUGGGAGUCGCACGGGAGGAAGCUGACUCUUCUCUACCGGGGUGGCUCCCUCCUGGUCCUCCGGUCCUGUCUGACAUGGGGUCUCACCACCGCCAUCCAUGACUUCCUGAGAGAGAACGCAGCGCACAGGUCUCAGGUGGCGUAAGGGGAGAGGCCAGAGAGCCACUGGCCCUGGCACGUCUAGCCCCAUGUCUUAGGGCCAUGAGGACUUGGCGUGGGGGGGAGGCUCUGAAGCUCAGUCAAUAAAACUUUAGCACACAAGCUAAACCUCCAGCCUCCAGGUCAAAGGUUGUUUCCUCAGGCCAUACUUUCAAAACCAAGGGGCAACUUUGGUUGUCAUUUCCCUCCCCCGCCCCAUCAGAACAUUGCUUGGCUGGUUUUUAAACCUGGACUUUUCUGUGGCCAAAUGGAGAGAGCCCAACCUCGCCUGCUGUAGGCUGAUCUGACCGCAUGGUUAUGGGGCGAGGGUGCUCUAAGCGGCUCAGCACAGGAAGGGGAGUCAGGGAGCAGGAUUCUGUUCCUAGCUAUGCUACUGUGGCCUCGUAAUGACAUUUACUAUCAUCUGAAGAAGUGGGCUGUGCCCACGAAAGCUCAUGAUCCCAUCUGCAUGUUUUGUUCAUCUUUAAAGUGCUACCAGACUAAUUGGU